GGAAUAUCCAAGUCACAGCAGCACACGCGCCCACUCUCCUCACCAGUCACCACUCCCAGGCUCCCACAGUCCCACCUCCACUGCUCCAAUGGCCGCGCCUACCUCCCCGGCGAGCCCCGCCGCGGGACCGAAGGUGCUCCUCCCGACCAUGGCGGACAUCAUGGCGGCGUCUCGCGCACAGGGCCUGCACGUGCGCCUGCGCACGGUCGGCCCCUUGUUCCGCGUCACGGCCACCCGCGGUGAGGGGGAGGAUGCGGUGGAGCUUGGCCGCGCCGAGGGCGGCGUCCGGCCGUGGCCCGGCGGCGCCGUCCUGCACCUCGACUCCAUGCGGAUGACCCGCGCCACGCUGAGCGUCUCUGACCGGCCGCUGUUCGGGCUGGGGAUGUUCCUGGGCGCCGUCGCCGUGCGACACGGCUUCGACGCUGGGUGCAAGCGCGCCGAGCUGCUGGCCAUCAACGACACGCCGCUCUACCACGACAAGCUCGUUAGAUUCUAUAGAAGGAUGGGCUUCAAAGUGGUUCAUGUGGUGGAUGGAUCAUCUAUCUCUGAUCUUGCUCACAUGUUGGUGUGGGGUGGUAGGGGCACAAGAAUGGAUGCUAAUAUUGAAGAUCUUCUCAUUAAGUGGGGAAAAAGAUUCAGACCUCAAAACUAAAGACUGAUUAGUUUUGUUGAGACAUGGUUUUUUUUUUGCAGCACACAAAUCUUGAUUGAAUACAAUGAGGUAAAAACCUUGCUUCAAUUUCUGUCCUGACAUGUAUUUCUUCUAGAUCUUGCUGCCUUGCAGUCGUUCACUUCACUUCAGUAAUCAGUACUAUAUCAAGUUGUAUUUACAAUAGAGUUUUCAAUGCAGUUAAUGUUCAUUUCUAAGGUUAGCACCUUAAAUCCUAAAUUGUGGUAGUUGCUAUUACUUUAUUUGAGAUUUUGGGGGUUUCAUUUGCCCACAAGAGCCAGUUUUCUAGAUUGACAUGAACUAAUUAAGUUAAGGAGGGUGUUUCAGUAAGCAAGUUUGCUCUGGCAAUUUUAGCAUUUCGAAGGACUUGGGGCCAAAAUCUCCCAAUAUGAAAGGAGGGACUUAAUUACCAAUCAUUUUGAUAUCCAAUUAAUGAUUUUUAAUGUCUUAUUUAAAGCUCAAGUCCUCAUUAUAUCACAGUAAAUCUGGCUUAAUAGAAUAGGAUUUUGUUGGCCUACUAAUUCGUACCUGCAAUUAGGUGUGUUUGAAAAGGGGUAAUGGUACCUGUGCUGUAACAAUCUUGGUAGUGUUCUUUCCAUUGAGUGUGCUCCGUGUUGUGUUUGCCUCCUAUUCUGUUUUGGAUUGCAUUGAUCGACUGUUCUUUUUCGUCUGAUGGAAUUUGCAGCCUAAGAUGAUUAUAUUUUUCAGUGCUAGGACUCCAUAUGGAUUUGUGUCAUAUGCCAAAACCAAAAACUACUUCUAUUUAAAGCAGCAAAUCUAUUAUGCUGGUGAUUUCAGCCCCCAGUAACUUGUACCUUGAAGCUCGUUGAAGGCUCGGCAAUCACUUGGAAGAGCAGCUUCUGUGGUGAGAAUAGAAUGGAAGCAUUCAAAGGUCCUAUGAAAGUUUAAGAAUAAGGAGUGUAUGUGAGCACUGACGCAUGAUUCAUCCUGAAACUCGCUAUAAGAGAGAAGCACCAUUAUUCUGUGUUGUAAAGUUUAAGGUGGACGCAAAUGAUGUUCUUUCGAUACAGUUGAGGUAAUCUCUGGCCACUUAACCAACAAUGGACACACGGAUGUUUGAUUACCGCGAUACCUUUUAUGUUG